UAGCUUUCUGUUUGGGCUGGAAAGGUUCGCCUGGGGUUGCGAUAAAACAGCCAGCUUCCUCAUAUGUGAAGGGGAAAUUGAAAACAGCAAUUCGAAUUAAGAAGUGGUUUCUUCCUCGACGUCAACAUGGCACAGGAGAAAAUGGACCCGAGGCUGCUGUCAAGUUCGACCAUCGCAGACAGCAACAUCCGGAGAUCUAGCAGGGUGCCUUGGAUCAAUGGGUUUAGUGAUCACUCCCAGGUGUUCCCAGCUGGCGUCUUAAGAACUAAACAGAAAGUGACACAGUCUUUCAGCCACCACUGUCUGCUACUGCCUCCUUCUCCAUCUCGCACAUCCAUCAGUCGCCUUCAUCAGAUCAAACAGGACGAAUGCAUGGAUUUUCUCAAUCAAGAAGUGACCUAUGAACGGGAGGUACAUGCUGCACUCCAGAUAAAUAGAUGUUGGGAAGAAAAGCUUAUCCUGAAUGACAACAGUGGAGAGACCCCAUCUACUUCCAAUCACGCGGAUGUCAUCCUACCUACCAACAGCUUCUUCUCCCUCAAGGAGGUCUUGGAAGGUAAAAUGGUCCCUGAAGAUCAACCGAAGAGGGUUUUCCAAGACCCGACCAACAUGCCUUCUUCUAACACGGCCCAUCUGCCGUAUGAGAAGAUGGAGUGAGUCGACAUAAGGCAUUAUGCAGUGUCAUGUGGGAAGUAUGAUCAACCCUUUUACAAACUCGCAUGUGUCACCGUCUGGUUCUUCACUUAUUCUGGAAGAUGAACUUUCAACCAAAUGAUUCAUCCAACCUACGACUAUCCUCCCAAUGGAGAAACAAACGACAGACCAAGGU